AUGGAGACUAUUAAGGGGCUUGCGCGUCGAACCUCCCAGAGCCUGAAGGAAAAAGUCUCUGGAGUCGAUGCGGACCCCGAAGACCCGUUAAUCGAAGAGGUUUCACGCAAGGUGACCGAUAUGUCAUCUCGAAGUCGAUCGAUAUCUGAAAAGUUGAGCCGUUCGAUCAGGUUGCUAGAGGAUCUUGGAAAGACACUCAAGGAAAUUGGUGAGGAGCACCGCCAAUCACCUGAUUUGGCGGCUGAGUCGCGACAACUUGCGGAGGGAGUCUAUGAAAUAGGUAUCAAGCUUGUUGCGCUUUCUAGUGAGCAUCGUGUAGGGAUGCAGAUCGAUUGUAUCGAUCUGCUCACACAUUUCUCGAAAGAAUGCGCAAAACUCAACAACCUCGAGGAUGUACGCCGUCGCAAUCGGCUCGAGUAUAACUUUUUCAAGGCGAAGGUCAACCGUUUGCGCGAAAAGCCGCCCAAGGACUUUUCUCGUAUUCCCCGUAAUGAGCAGAUCCUGGAGAACUGGCGGAUUGGGGUGUGGAGGGCCACAGAGAAUUACAAGAUUUUCUGCUCCCAGCUCUACCUCAAAGGCCGCCAGUCCUUGGAUCGCAGUGUGAUUUCGAUGGUUCAGGUCCUCAAGAGCUUCUUCGAUACCGCCUUCGGCGAGUUUCGUCAUUUAUGUAAUACCUCCCGCCUGCCUGAGUAUUCGACGAAUUCCGUCCUGCGGCCCACUCCUCUACCUCCCAACCCUCUUCCUGGUCCAUUUGCGGGGUCCAUCCUGGCCUCUUCGCGUCUGGACAGCGCCCACACCCUCCCACGCGAGGACCAGGCCCCGGCGGCCCCGCACGACUCGACGCUUCACCUGGAGGAGCGAGUCGAAGGCCUGCCCAACCACACGGCGAACCCUCGCGUGUUGUCGAUGAACCACAACGAUGCCGCGCCCAACGGCUCCACCGCUAGCGUGGAUUCCUAUGAACAAUUUCUUCAUUCACGCCAGCCGGAGGAGCCCCCUUAA